ACGGAUUCCUUGGGCCCCCCAAAAAGGAGACAAGAACAGAGCGUUGUCUAAAAUUGCCGUCACUAACUGAACUCUUACUCUUCUUGACUUCUUCUUUUCGCUCGUAUACUCAACACCUAUCUUGAGCUAGGAGCCAACCCCUGCACGAUACCAUAAGGCCCUACAGGAAUCGCUCACUCAACGAGACAGUGAAUGCCAAAUAGCUCGCGGAAAUCCCCAAAAGCAAGCAUUUCUACCACAGAGACUAUUGGAAAGUCUCCUCUCAGACCGUGAUUUCGUACUAACGAGUCAAGGAUAGUCUAUCUACUCUAUUCUGGCUCGCUAAUACUAUCGCGGACGGGCACGAUGGAAGGGACCCUGCCGUCUCUGGACGACCUCAUACCGGAGAUCGCCAUAGGUCCUAGAGGAAAGGACCCAGCCCUUACGCUCCCGCAAAUCAUCAACUUUCUGAGCGACGAAGACAACCGGAGGCGCCCAAAGUUCAACGAGGAGCUUCAGAGCAUAUCCAAAUACCUGGAAGCGGCUAACCAGGACCGCCUCUCAGGCGAGCUUGGCUACGAUGACCCGGACACCGGCGCCCAGUUGGUAGACGCCUUCUUCCUAGUCAACGUUCACCGGAAUUUCCAAAGAUGGACCGACGAGCCAACCCGCUGGUCAACAGAUGGGCUGCCUGGCCAGCCUACUGCUGAUCGCCUUCCUACCUAUCCAAGCCAAUUUCCGAUGCCGCCUCGCGACAGGUCGCGGUACAAGCAGAAGCGAAUCCACCUUGCGCCUCGUACCCACGACAGUUUUGUGAAUGUUUUCUACCCUAUAUCAAACAUCAAAACCGAGGGCCACUCUGAAUUUUCGUAUUUUCAAGUCGCCGAGGAGUUGGCCUUUCAGGACGUCAUAAACCCUGGUUCCAUGAUAAAGCCGCCCUACAACGGCUUCGAGUUGGAUAAUGUUGAGUACGGGGAAUGCAUGCGGCGCGGAAUCGAGGGCACGGCCGCCAGAGCGCCCGAGACGCUGGCGGGUGAUAUGACCAUCAGCCCGGGAAACCCCGGGUUGACCGGGCCAACGGAUGAAAAGAACCAGGAAAUGGUCGAUCUAUAUACUGCGUUGGGGUGGCAGCGUGCCGCGCUUCAACAAUGCCUGAAUGCGUUCACCAGUCACGAGAAUAGGGUCGUCAAUACCCCCUGGACUCGAGUGGUGCUUCCGUUCAAGGAGCCUGUGCCGAUACCUAGAGAUGUAAUCUAUCACAACCGAACCAUUCACCCGGACAAGGUCAAGGACGAGAUCAAGAAACCGUUCCCCUGGGUCUCAGCGUAUUCCGAAUACUCGGAACUUCUGCAUGUCUUGGCCGGUUGGCAGCGCCGUCAGUACAACAUUGAGAACUGGUCCGACUUCCGGAGAUCUGCGCUACCCCCGAACUUCGUCGGCCCCUACAACUACAAGGGCUUGUCUAUUUACGAGGACUAUUGGUUAGAGAUAGGCUCAUACCUCGAGCGACUUCGCGCGCUCCUGGUCGACUCGUACGGGACGGCUCCUCGGCCCUUCCUGCUGGCCAUCCUACGAGAUAUCGAGGCUGGGCUUAACUGGAAGAAGACAGAUCGGCAGUCUCGUGUGAAAUACGCUCGCGCGGAUAUCUUGAAAAUACGGGGGAUCGAUAUAGGUUACAGUGAUCCUAGUGCUAUCAAGUUGGUCGAUGAAUACGAUGCUCUGUGGCUGCGAUUUCUCUGCGAGCCCUCAAUCACGAACGAGAUGGCUGAUCCCGAAAAGCGCAUCCGGGACAAUGCCGAGAUACUCUUCGACGCUCGCCUCCAGGACUUCUUUAACAACCCUGCUGCGUCCGGUAGCCCGGGGAUCGCUGGAUUAGAUGUUUUUGAGUCCAUGGGGGGGAGGUGGAGGCAGGAGAGGGAUAGGACCCGGCCGUCUCUUCGGACCGUGCUAGAUUAUAUCAACGGCGGCCGAGGCAACGCGAGACUACACCAGAACAAGACGUAUCAGUUUAGCGAGCAACAGGCUAGACAAUUCCUCGAACACCUGCAAGGCCUUGGACGAUGCGUUGUCGAGAAACGAGACGGGGUCAUAUAUGUCGGCCGGCCAGAGUAUAACAUCCACCCCGAGAAUCGCAUUCGCUGGCGCGCCGAAGACGCACAGGACUUCCUCAGCAUUAGCGGUGGUAAAAGAGCUUUCAUUGUCAAGUCUUUGGUAGAGCUGUAUGGGACGAGCCAGCCGGGCGAGUCCACGAGGGAUCGCUUCAGAUUCGCCUUGGACCAUCUCGGAGACAGUGCAGUUGGCGAGAAGCUCGCAUCUCUCGCAUCGUCGACGGCGGCUAACAGCAGAGAUGAGAUGAAAAAUUACCUGAAUAGUAUAAUCCAGAGGGAGUACGACUGGGUCCAAGGCCCGCUUAAAGGGUUUGGGAUAGACGUGGAGCGCCAGACGCCUCUGUGGGAGGACCUGGCUGAUUGGGACAGGUUGGGAGCGGAACAACGCCGAAGAGGGGGCGCACUUCCGGUUGCCGAUGUGACGGUCCAGUUCCUCCGCAAUCUUGCCUAUAGGAUGGGGUACACCAUGUCGCACGUGGAGGACAUCAAGAAUCGACUCCGGUAUAGACACGCGAUCAGGGGACGAGUCGCCUGGUGGAAACCAGUCUCCCGACCCGCACUGGAGCAGGGGCUGGACCACUGGUUCAAGUCGAUCCAGUACGGAACGGGCCCAGUGGAAUUCAAGAUGCCGAGUAUCGGCAAGAUCGUUGAUAAGCUGGACCCGAAGCGGACCCUUCGCGACCAGCACCCAGGCCAAGACGCCUUCGGGACCAUCCGAGAGGGUAUCAUCAACGACUGCGUCGAGAACCGCAGCACUCUGUACCCCAGCCAGACAAGGGUCUUCGAAGACUCUUCCGGCUACUUCAAAGACAUCGACGACUACCAACCCGCCAAACUCUACGUAGGUCUUAAGCGGCCGAGCCUGUUCAGCUGGGCCAGCAGCGCGCAGCGGCGGUACCAGGCGCCGUACACCCGCAAAUCGUACUUCAACAUGAGGCGUUGGCCGCUGUACCACCAGACACCGGAGCGACAAGAGAUAAUCAAGAACAGGCGGGACGAAGUCGUGCGGGACGACCCGAGCGACCCGGCACAGAAAUACGGCAUCCUGACGUCGAGGUUGCCGGUACAUGUGGACCGGCCGGCGCGUCCACAGCCGCCUGGACGACGGGGUCCUGAGCCGGAGCAUCCCCCCGAUCCUUUCGCUGGCUUCACGCAGGAGGACUUCGAGGGAACGGGCGUCGAGCUUCCCGAUCCGUCGAGGGUGAAAUUCGUCCCGUACACCCGGCCGACGUCGCGCUUUAUCCCGGGACCAGCUGUCUUCCCCAUGGCCGAGACGCUCCUGCAGCAGAUCGCGCUCAGCCAGCAGCUGGAGGAAGCGCUCUACCCCCAGCCCGAGCUGGGCUGGCUGCAGUGGCUCGCGAAGCUCUACCGGAGGUGGACCGAGUACCCGGCGCCGCGGAUCCCGCUGCUGCCGCCCGCGUCGCCGUCCGAGAUCCCGCGGAGCAACCCCAAGAAGCGCAAGAUCCCGGCCGACUACUGGCUCGACGAGGAGAGCCUCCAGCCGGCCGUCAAGAAGGCUAACACCCGCCAGACGAGGCCGCGGCCUACGAGGCGGCCCUGGCGCCAACCUGACGAGGCCCGGCCCAGGAGCCCUAGAAGGAGGCCCCCGCCCCCGCCGGCCGGCCUGUUUGGCGCCCCUAGCGGCAAGGUGCCCCCCCCAGCGCGCCCCGCCCCGAGGUUCCAGCCGAGAUUCGCCCCGACGAUGAGCGGCGCCUUGGGCGCGAGCAGCCGCGUCACCGAGAUCGAAGACUCGGGAGAAGACGCGUCCGAGUCUGGGGUCUCGCCUUCGGACUGGGAGGAGGACGAGGAAGAGGAGUACGAGGAGGAGGAGUACGAAGAGGAGGAGGAGGAGGAGGAAGUCGAGGAGCCAGUCGCAGUAAGCAGCGGCAGCGAGUACGAGCUGGAGAAAGACGAGCCGUCGGAGCCGGAGCCGGCGCCGCCGCCGCCGUACCGGGUCCUGACGGCGGAGGAGCAGCUGGCGCGGUCGUUCCCGCGCGGGUGGCGGGGCAUCGACGUGGGGCCCGGGUUCGACGGGCUGCUGCGGGCGAUCGAGACGAGCUGGCGGGCGCAGAAGCCGCACCUGGAGCCGGCGCCGACGCAGGCGGCGCUGCGGGCGGCGUUCCGCCACCCGCAGUGCGGCGGCGGCAACGUCGACAAGGACGUCAAGUUCUUCAACCCGUGGCAAGUCGUCCUGAGCCAGGGCAACGCCGCCCUCACCUUCUGGGCCGCCGUCGAUCAGGACGGCCCUGCCGCCGUCCCCAGGAAGGCCCCCCUCCGCGUCCAGCUCGGCUGCGUCUUCGACGACGAGGAGCUGCCCAACGAUAACGGCCCCCCGCUCCUGCUCCCCUCGCCCUUCGGCGAGGAGGCCGGCGUCGAUGUCAUCUGGGUCCUGUCCAAGGGCUUCGGCAAGUUCCAGGCCCUCGGGCAGAACUAGUUGGCUAGUUGUCAGGUGUUAGGAGGGGCGUAUUUUAUCGUCGAGUGCUGUGUUUCUUAGGGGUCGUGUAGCUAGGAAUUGAUACCACCCCCAUCGCAUCUCCUGUCUCUCCCUCUUUCUCUGUCUCUCGCUGGCUUCAUCUAUGGGUUACUUUUUUUCUGUGUAGUCGCAUCUGUCUUGAACGUGGUGGGAGAGCGCGGUCGUUGAUUACUUUC